GAGAAGCGCGCAUCGCUUAAUGUCGGUAAAAUAAACCCGGCGCGGAAUAACUGUCAGAGAGAGAGAGGAUAUCACAAAUGGUGUACCAUUUUCCGUUCAAUUCAUCUCGUUAAAGAAGUAAAGAACAAAGAAAAGAAAGUGAGAAAAAAUGUCGGAGUGAUAGUAAAACGUUAAUAAGAAGAAUAAGACGAUAAAUAAGAAUAAACUGUUGUAAUUUUGUGUCAGUUGUAAUGAGUGAGUCGUUUCGAUCGAUUCUCCAGGAGUACCGCGCCCCGUGAGAGACGUACAUCUGUCCUUCUUCAACAUAACCCUACUCCUCUUACUCUUCUCACAUUCUUAUUCUAUCUCUCUUACACUUUUAACCUAACCCUGUCUCACUCAUUCUAUCUUAAACAUUAUACACAUACAUACAUACAUAUACAACACACACAUAUAUAAAUCCCAUCCACAAAGCCAACAGUCUGAUUCAAGCCUUUAAAAAGGUUCGGUCGUCGUCGUGUUCAUUCGACUAACCACCCGGUCCCGAUCUUCGUUAUUUUCUUUUUCUUUCUAUUUAUUUCUUUUUUUUAUUUCUUGUUCUUUUUCUUAUUCCAACUAAAAGGGACUAAUAAGGCAUUGCGUUAUCAAGAAGAAGAAGAAGAAGAAGAAGAAGAAGAGAAAAUCGUGACGCGUUAUAAUUCGCGUUUCAAAUUAAAUACAAAAAUAAUAAUAAUAAUAAUAAUAAUAAAUAAAAAGUUUCUUCGUUGACAAAAAGAGAGAAUAAUUAUUUAAAAAAACAAACAAACAAACAAAUAAACAAAAAUAAUAAUAAUAAAAUGUCGACGGCGUUGUUGGCCGUUUUUGCCGUAAUUCUUUGCAUUCUCUUCAGAUUACUCAAUGUAAACAGUGCCCCUCAAAAGCCGCUACUCGUAUGCCAAGAUCCAAACUUUUUGUCAACACUUUUGAAAAUUGCACCGGUUAUCACCGAACCAUACAAACCAACAAGAUUAUGGGGGUUCAGUGGUCACGUUCAAACGGUAGUCCACAGUAUUAUCGGACGUGUACGGUGUCCUUGGCCAAUUGGAGAACGUGUAUACAUCGGUUUACCUGAUGAUACUACACUAACUUACGAUCUUUAUCAACCAUUAACUAAUAGUCACGAAGAUGAUAUUACGAUAGCUAUCUGCCCGGGCAUCGGUAAUACUUCAGAAAGUGUCUACAUCAGGACAUUCGUUCACCUUGUUCAAUGUCACGGUUAUCGAUGCGCUGUACUUAAUCACGUUGGAGCUCUUUCUAGUGUCAAGGUUACAGCACCAAGGAUAUUUACUUAUGGUCAUACAGAUGAUUACAACACGAUGCUACAGAAUCUCGUCGAACAACAUCCAAAUACAAGAAUUGUAUGCAUAGGAUUUAGUUUAGGUGGUAAUUUAGUAACCAAAUAUUUGGGAGAACGUGGUCAGAAUAAAUUGUCCAAUAUUAUUGGUGGUAUAUCCAUUUGUCAAGGUUACAAUGCUCUCGAAGGUACAAAGUUUUUAUUAAAUUGGCAAAACUUUAGACGAUUUUAUCUUUAUGUAAUGACUGAAUCUGUUAAGAAUAUAAUACUGAAACACAAACAUGUAUUACUUUCGGAGGAAGUCAAACAAAAAUAUUCACUUAACGAGAGAGAUAUCAUUUCUGCUGCUACCUUACCUGAACUCGAUGAAGCUUAUACGAGAAAGGUACAUCAAUUUAGAUCUGUACAAGAAAUGUACAAAUGGUCCAGUUCCAUAAAUUAUCUUGACAACAUCUAUACACCAAUGGUAUUUAUUAAUUCCUUAGAUGAUCCCAUUAUACCAGAUUCAUUAUUAAAACCUAUAAAAGAAUACGCUGCAACUCAUCCAAACACCUUAUACGUUGAAUUGUCACACGGAGGCCAUUUAGGUUUCUACGAAGGUGGUCUUCUUUAUCCAAAUCCCAUAACAUGGUUGGAUCGUACUUUAGUUUCACUGGUAGGGUCACUCACGUUAGCACAUGCGGAUAAAGCUUUGAAGGCUUCUUAACGGCAUUAUAAUCCUACAUGUAUAAAUAUAAUAAUAAUAAUAAUAAUAAUAAGUGUAAUAAUAAUAUAAUAAUAAUUAUUAUUAUUUGGCGUGCGUGCGCGCAAAAAUGUGCUAUUGUACAACAUUAGUUUGUGUAUUUACAAUCUUAUAUUAUUAUUAUAAAAAGAAAAACACAGUCUUGUUACACGAUUGUAUUCGAUCAUAGAAUGGAUUUGAAAUCGUACUGUAUUAAAUGAUCUACUAAUGUGAUCAUUUAAGUGCAAUAACUGACUGAAAAUAAUCUAUGUAAUCUAUGUAAGAUGAUAAUAUUCAACAUCUUUCGUAGUAAAUUAGUAUGCAAGAAAGAAAAAAGAAAAAAAGAAAAAACGAAAUGGAAAAGCGUUAGUUACAAAUAUUAUUUUAUUAAUGCAA